GACAGGCUUGACCCUAGCCAGUUGACACCUCACCUCCGCCCUUCCUCUCACGCACGCGGCCAUGGCGGAACCCGAGUUGCAGCUGGUGGCGCGGCGCAUCCGCAGCUUCCCCGACUUCCCCAUCCCGGGCGUGCUGUUCAGGGAUAUCUCGCCCCUCCUGAAAGACCCGGACUCCUUCCGAGCUUCCAUCCGUCUCCUGGCCAACCAUCUGAAGUCCAAGCAUGGCGGCAAAAUCGACUACAUCGCAGGCCUGGACUCCAGGGGCUUCCUGUUUGGCCCCUCCCUAGCUCAGGAGCUGGGCCUGGGCUGUGUGCUCAUCCGAAAGCGUGGGAAGCUGCCGGGUCCCACUGUGUCAGCCUCCUACGCCCUAGAGUACGGGAAGGCUGAGCUGGAAAUCCAGAAAGAUGCUUUAGAACCCGGGCAGAAAGUGGUCAUUGUAGAUGACCUCCUGGCCACUGGAGGAACCAUGUGUGCCGCCUGUCAGCUGCUGGGCCAGCUCCGGGCCGAGGUGGUGGAGUGUGUGAGCCUGGUGGAGCUGACCUCGCUGAAGGGCAGGGAGAAGCUGGGACCUGUACCGUUCUUCUCUCUCCUGCAGUACGAGUGACUGGGGAGCUGAAUGGUUGCUACACCCCUGCUCCCAGCACCAAUAGCUGGACCAAUAGCCCUGGGCACCUAAGUGGCCUUUAUGAACUACCAGCUGCUCUUCUGUGACUGUGUUCACGUGUUUCUUUGGUCAGCUGAUGGCCAGGCCUAUGGACCACCUGGGGCCUCGCAUCUUCUAGAUUUACCAGACCCUGGAAUGGGGCCCCAGCUGUGCUAUGGAGGGCAUGACAGCAAAAGCAAUAAACGGUUUUGUUACA